AAUGAAAAGCCGUCAAAUCAUCGUCUUCUGUUUGCGAGUUUAAUUCGCGUAGAUUCGGUUUCGCUAAUAUCAAUUCUAUUUCAUAUUCACAACAAAAAUGAGUACAAUUGGCACCGGUUAUGAUCUGUCGGCUUCGCAGUUCUCUCCUGAUGGCCGCGUCUUUCAGAUUGACUAUGCCUCCAAAGCAGUAGAGAGGAGCGGAACCGUUAUUGGCAUUAGAGGAAAGGAUUGUGUUGUGCUUGCCGUCGAAAAAAUUGUUGCAGAUCAGCUCUAUGAACCUGAUGCAGCCAGUCGCAUUUUUACUAUUGAAAAGAACAUCGGCAUGGCCAUAGCUGGACUGAUGGCUGAUGGAAAUUUUGUGGCCGACAUUGCCCGACAAGAAGCAGCGAAUUUCCGUCAACAGUUUGAACGCACCAUUCCCCUGAAACAUUUAUGCGAUCGCGUAUCCGGCUACCUGCACGCCUACACUCUGUACAGCGCUGUGCGUCCGUUUGGAUUAUCUGUAAUACUCGCAUCGUGGGAUGAGGUUGAUGGACCUCAAUUGUACAAAAUUGAGCCGUCUGGUAAUUCGUUUGGCUAUUAUGCCUGCGCCAGUGGCAAGGCCAAGCAACAGGCCAAAACAGAAAUGGAAAAGUUUAAGUUCUCUGACAUGACCACCGAGGAAUUGGUCAAAAGUGGUGGCAAAAUCAUCUAUCAAGUGCACGACGAACUGAAGGACAAAGAUUUCCGCUUUGAAAUGGGCAUCGUUGGUAAGGAAACGAAGGGUGUACAUCUCAUAAAUAGCGCUGAGUGGAUCCAAAAGGCUAUUGAAGCUGGGGAAGCAGCCAAAAACGCAGAUGAUAGUGAAAAUGAGAUAUAAUUUAAAUUCGAAAUAUGUUCAACUGAUUAUAAAUCGGCUAGGCAUUAUUUUUUAAAUAUUU